UCUGUGCUUGCGAAAAGGAAGCUCUAAUCUAUCUGUCGGUUUGACAGGACGACGUAAAUAUUCAGUAGGUAAUAUACAUACACAUUUAAUUUGCAAAUACAUAUGUAUGCCUAUAUAUACGUAUGUGAUAUUUGUACUAGUAAAAGCUAAUAAGAUGAUUGAAUUACUGCUGCAGAUACCUGGAUUUUUUAUUUUUAGCUAGUCAAGCCUUGGGGAAUUAUUUCAUUUGGUGGCGGAAGCUUAUUUUAGAAAUUAGUUUCUCAAUGGUCCCAUUGGCCAUAUUAACUACAACCCUGAAGGAUGAACCUUUUCUACCUGACGGCAGGAGCAGCCCUGCGUAAGAGCUGGAGCCUUUGGCUUUACAGCGAAAGGUGAUAUGAAAAAGGUGCAAACGUACUCUCUUGGGAGCAAUUAUGGGACCAGGCAUGAAAGACAGCCCCUUAUUACUGCCCAGAGGGAAACAGAAAAAGGAAAACCAGACCUAUGAAACACGCCAGAGAAUGGUAACUUCCAACAGUGGAACAUCCCUUCCAAAUAUAAAAGGAAUAAAGAAACCAUUUCCUCAGCUGACACCAUCUUCAAGCAGAUUGAGUAAGAGUAUCUCCAGCACUACAGAAAAGACAUCUCACAGCAGCCUAGAUGAUGUUCAGUCACGAAGUUUUUACAAGAAAGGGAAUAGGAUGAAUGAGUCUUGUCAGAAAAACAGCAGUAUGAAUGUUGGCCCACCUCUGAAUAGAGCAAAGGGUUCAAAGAAGAAGGAUCCCUUAGAUAAAAAGCUGAGUAAAUCUCAAUUUCCCCUCAUUCCUUCCCAGUUGAAAAGCAGUAUUAUAGAUAUCCCCCAAAGGCCUGAGGAUGAACUUAAAGCAAGUAGUUGUACGGAAGGAGACCCUAAAAGAAACAUUCCAGGAUCUGUUGCCGAAGCUACUCCAUUUGGUUCCAGAUUUCCAGAGCCUUCAAUGGGCAAAUUAUUUCUCGACUUUCAGUCAUUGAAUAUUAUUAAAGAAGAUGCUGAUGAGGACAGUGCAAGUGACCUUUCUGAUUCUGAAAGAAUUCCUAUUCCACCUUCUCCUUUUACACCACCAGAACUUAACCUAAGAGCUGAAGAAAUCGAUCCAGUUUGUUUUGAUCCUCAUGCUGAUCAAGGCUCUGAACAAGCUGAAUAUUACUAUCCUGACUUCCUUCCACCUCCUUUUAACUCCUGGGAUUUAAAUAAUAUGGCUUCAUCCACAAGCACAGAGUACAAAAAGGAGCUCCUCCCACAGACCAUAGAGUCUCUUGGGAAGUAUAUUGAUAGACUCGUUCAACUAGAGUGGCUACAGAUGCAAACCGUACAAAAUGAAAAAAUAAAGCUAGUCAAAGCAAGGCCUCAGACUGCUCCUGGUACCUUAUGGAGUGCAAAGAGCCCUGGGAAAAGCAGGCAGUUUCCAAAUACUUUAUCUAGCAGGAUGUUAACUCAUCCUGAAGGAUUUACAAAGUUUCCCCCUAGCCAGGCAGUUCAUCUUCGCAAAAGAGAAGUUCAUUGUGAAGAAGCCCACCCAUCAUAUUAUGUAUUCCAGAGUUCUCCCAAAUCUAUUAAUACAGUAAGUAGCAGGUCAUGUCCCCAGAAGCAAAACUAUGAAAUGAGAAUGAAGGAAAAGAAGAAGAAACCAAACGAAGGUUCAAAGCAGCAACUUCUGGAAUUGCCAUGUGGUGACAGUAGUUCUAAGAUUCAGGCUAGUGGUAACAUUAGAAUUCCCAAACAGCCACAGAUGCUUCUUUCCCCAGUUGAGCAUCUUAAGCCCCUCAAAGCACCCCUACGUCCAAAUCCCAAGAGAAAUGGAAAUGCAAAUAACUAUGGACAUACCAACAAAGCCACAGCAGGGAGAGAACUCAAAACUAAUGGAGGGAAGCAAGCGUCCUCUAUGUUCAAGUAAUUUUAUUUUAAGUAGAUAACUAAAUUAUAAAGGUCAUGCAGAGAGCUACAUAUUAAUAUGCCUUCUGAUGAAUAAGACUGUGACUUAAGUCUUAUUAAGUGGGAACAUCUGUAGGAAAUUUAUGUUUACUUGACAUUUCAGUGGCUUGUAUUUUUUUCCUCCUGUGCCAACAGUGUCACCUCAGAAGUGUCUUUUGAUGAACUUUUUUCUAUAUUAAUAAUUUUAGGCUGAUAAUGAGAACGCUUUAGGUAAAAAUCAACUUUCUUGAUUGAGAAGAUACGGUAAGUGCCAUAUUGAAUGAGCAAGAUUGAAUUCUUUUUUUUCCUGGAGAAGAGCCAACUAAGUUUCUGGAAUAGCCAGCUAGCCCAGAUUUAACUAUGCAGAAUGGAUAGAGUGUUAUUCUCUCUCCUGAUUUCCCUUGCACGUAAGUAAUACACUAUUUAAAAUGGUGUUGGAUUAUAGAAGUUAGAUAGUAAAGACUUCUCUUUGCAUUACUUCUCUCUCACAUGCCUUUGCAUUAGCCAUAUAAGCAAUAGGGUCAGCUUCAUUUCACGCUCUAAGAGAGCGCUUCAGUUUGUCCUCAGGGUUAUGGAAUAUGGAGUUUCUAUUUUGAGCUGAGUCAUUUAUCACUGAAUUUCUUUCUCUUAAAAGUCUAUGGAUUCUGGUGUUUUAAUACUUUUAACAAUCCAACAUGGGAAGCAAAUAUGUUAAACUGAGGACUGUUGGAAAGAUCCUUUUUUGAGAACUUUAAAACUUGGUUUAAAAUAAAACCGGUUUCUAAAUGUACAUAUUUCACAGAACCUUUUUUUCUAGCUGAAAAUUGUUUGAAUAUGAUUUCACUUUAACAGAGGGUUGGGAUAAAACAGUUGGUAUACCAGAAGUCAGACUGUCUCUGAAGGGGGACAUCAUGAGGAAAAUACUCUUAGAAUUUGAAAUUGAUCUGCCAGUAGUGCAAUAAAUCACAACAUGGAACUACAUUGAAUGUGGCAGAUGUUAAGUUACAGCUGGAUCCUGCAAAACCUUUUCAGUAUAAUUUACUAAAGACAAGCACAGUACUGUCCUGUUUGGAUUGCAAGAGCACAAUUAUAUUUUGGGGGAAAAGGGAAAGGAAAGACAGCUAAAGAAGUGGGUGGGCUAGAAGAAGGCGGCUUUUCAGAAGCCUACUCCUGACACUUCCAGGUCUUCCCAUUGGGCACUCAGCUUGUCCUGGCUGUCCCUGUGUGAAUUGAUUAAUAACACGUAUUUGUACUUCUAGUUGUAUUAUUCAGCUUAUCGUUAAUUUUCAUAUUCUUCAAAAUUCUUGGUUGUUUACUCCUUCAAAAAUAGUGCACUUUUAUGACUUUAUUUCAGUCAUUUCAUGGUUAGUCUAUCAUAGUUUUUCUCCUCUUUAAUUUUUAUCUGUCAAGGUUAUGAUAAAAGUUGUUUGGGAACUUGCACUGUGAAAGCCAAAUACAAAGACAUCCUUUCGAAGGAACUUUUCCUGUAGGUUCAGUGUCAUUUAAAUAGUUGUAUAAGUGACAGAUGGAAAUUUCUAAGGACCACAUAUAUUUAUAACUAAAAUAAUGUGCCAAUAUUAAAUUUUAAGAUUACUUUAAGAAUAUGAUUUAACCAUCCUAAAAAUUUAUUUUGAGGAUAUGUUUUUCUUUUAAUCCAAGCACCUUCUCAGGUUCUUCCUCUUAAAACUUUUAUUAUUCUUAUUAACUGGUUAGAGAAGCUCUCCCUUUUCAUCCAAUAAUUCCUGUUAUCUAUUUUGUCCAAAAAAGAAAAAAAUAAUGUACAUAUGCUACUAAGUCCUACUUCUAAUAUUCAUAAACCCCAAACAUACUGUGGUAGCUUUUGCACUAGUAUAUGCAUGAUACAUGGAAAAUAGUGCAUGGAUUACCUGCCUUUAAUGCCGUUCACAUGGGCUCCUUAUGCAAAUGUUCAGCUUUAUGCCACGCAUCCUUCUUUGACAUUGCUGCUCAUAGAUGUGCCCCGCCUAUGUACAAUUCAGUAGCCCAAAAACAGUUUUCUGUAUAUAAAGUUGCAACUUACAGGACUAUAACCUGUCAUCGUUUUUUGCUCAGUUUUUGAAGUGUUGCUUUAUGUUCUUUGCUGAAGGCAUGUGGUACUUUACUGUGUGGUGUCAUAACUAUAAAAUCUCAGCAAGCAUGCUAUGAUAGAGGCUGCUUGCAACAAAACUAAGUGACUAAAAUUGAGUUGCCAGGACUUGAGUGGUAGUUUUGAGAGCCUGGAUUAGUUUAAAUGCCGAUUCUUACCUCAUCUUCACUCAGUUUAUGCACUUGAGCUACUAUCUAUCAAUGACCAAAAAUCUAUUUCUGCAAACACAUCUAUUUCCAGCUUACUUAAUUGAGAUCUACUGAUUUUCAAAAAACAAGUAUGUAAUGGGGGGAAGGAGAAUAUUAAUAUACCAAAACAACAUUUUUGAACCUGGAAAGGGGAUAGGUUUUACUUACCUUUGCAUUUCCCCCACUCAGAUUGCUUUGAUUUUCCAUAAUAUUUUGAUAUGCCAAGAUCCCCUGGGGAAUAGCCUUUUUUGUUUUGUUUUUUUUCUCCCCACAGUUGAUAACAGAAUUGUCCCAACAGGUAAAAUGCCAAUUCACUGAUUUAUAAUGGGACAAAUUUUAGAUAUUUCCUCUGACACAUGCAUCAUACCAUGUUUGAUCCCCCACGUGAGUUAAGAUCCUUCCCGUUGUGUAUAUUAACAUCCUUGGGAAGUACAGUGGUUAAUUCCUAUAUUUUAUCAGAAUACCGUCCGGUGCUAUGGAUCUGUUUCUUCUAGUGUACUUCAAGAAAUAAAACAUUUUCAGGGAAUGGUUUCUGCAUUUGUAGGACCUGGUCUGAUGUCACUUAGACUAUCCCAACUGGUGCCCAACAUGAGCAACAAGCUUAAUUUAAUGAAAAAGACACCAAUAAUCACCUAGUGUUUAUUUAUUUGGGAGCAUUCACUUUACUGUUGAAUUAAAAAUGAAAGAAAAAAAGCCACUGGCUAACAACUCAGUACAGUACACUAGUGAUAAUAACUGAGAUUUUAAGUUGAAUAAACUAUAUUCAAUUGCCUGUUAAGAUGUCUCAAAAAGUUUCUAAGAGAUUAAAUUCUGAAUAUCAAGGUAAACAGGCUUAAGGAGACUUUCGUACAAUAAGAUGAUCGCAUCAUCACUAGAUAGCUACCCAGCAUCUGCCAUGAAAAUGUCAUCUAGAGGGUUGGGAGCUCCAAAGACAAAUUGAGAAUGACGUGUAAUGGAGCAACUGUGACACUUGGCAGCAUACUGGCCAAUGGAAAGAUGUGGCUGUAUAAUAGCUUGAAGGAAGAAAAUUUAUGGUAGUUCUUGAGCCUGUUUGAAGUUGCAAGAAAGACACAGGAAUUUCCAUGGAUACUAAUUUUCCUUGUUUAUUAUUUAUUAAUGUCUUAAUUUUCCUUAUGCACAUAUUAACUGAAGGUACAUGUGUAUAACUAUUCGAGGUACAUUCCUAGAAAAUAACAGAGAAGCAGUGCUUCUUCUUAAGGGACAGUUGUACAGGGCACUAUCCAACAGCAUGAAAACACUCAGCAUGCUUGGAUUACUUACUGUUAUAACUGUUGUAUGCUUGCCUUUGCUAAUGAGAGUGAAUAAAAUAAACAAUAUACAUGACU